AUUUCUCAAGUGAUAAUGACAAAAGACUGUGAUGUUAUUCGAUUAAAGAUUGCUCUUAUGUGUGAAUACAAAAAUUAAAAUGAGUGAAAUUGAUUUAACAGCUUUGGAUGAUGGGGGAAAGGAGCGUCAAGAUCCUAAAAUACUGACGUCUAUGCAAGAAAUUGAUUUGGCACUGAAAGAAUGUGGAAUUGGCUGGUUUCAUGUGUUACUAAUGACGUCAUCAUUCGUUGGAUUGAUAGCAGGCGUCCUUGUGACAAAUACAACUCCUUACAUAUUGCCCAUAGCUGAAUGUGAUUUAAAUAUGAAUUUAAUUCAAAAGGGAUUAUUAAAUGCAAUGCCAUAUAUAGGUAUGACAAUAGUUUCAAUAGUUGCCGGUUUUUUAACGGAUACGUUUGGCAGAAAGAUCUUUUUGGUGUACGGUUUUGGUGGUCUUUUCAUAUUUACCAUUAUCGGUGGAUCAAGUCAAAGCUAUGAGGUUUUGGUUAUAACGAAGUUCUUCGAAGGAAUUUUAUUUGCAAUAUCGUUCAGCCCUACUUUGACAAUAACAUCGGAAUUUUGCUACAAAGAGAUCAGAGAUCGAGUGGUGCUGUUCAGAUCUUCUUUCACGGCUUUUGCUCAGAUACUUGUUGCUGCGAUGUCUUGGGGAAUACUUACACACGAUUGGAAGUACAGCUUGUUUAAUGGAUACAUAGAACUCCAUGUAUGGAAUUUCUACAUCUACCUAAUGUCUCUAUGGGCUUUUUUUUCAUUUGUGCUUUACGCUAUUUUACCAGAAAGUCCUAGAUUUUACUUAACUCAAAAGAAAUAUAAUGAAGCGAGGAAAGUACUAAUUAAAAUGUAUACAAUGAACACUGGGAAGCCAGCUGAAACAUACAAGUACAUCGAUUUAUGGAAAGACAAAGAAAAAGAAAUGAUAGACGAAGAGCCAGAGCGAAAAUUAAUGGCCAGCUUCAAACAUCAGCUGAUAACCGGACUUCUUAAUGUUAAACCGAUGUUAAGGAAACCGUUGCUCGGUUACCUGCUUUUGAUAUCUGGUUUAAAUUUCUUAAGUAUGGCUCUUUAUAACGUAAUAAGGCUGUGGUUUCCCCAGCUGUCGACAAUUGUCGAACAUUACAGUAAUAUUGAUGCUGGAAACGAUUUAUGUGGAAUGCUGGAUUCUUAUACAAAUGAUCUAAAAAUGAGAAGUAUAAAUACGACUUCAUCCGAAGUUUGUGUGCCGACUCGUAGUGGCAAUGAAACGUACAUCAACAGUAUUAUUUUAGGCUGCGUUUGCAUUAUACCGUUUGCUUUAAGCGGUAUUCUAGUGAACAAAGUUGGUAAAAAGAAUCUGUACAUAGCAGCAGGAUUUAUAUGCGUAUGUAUAACAUUGGCAAUAAGAUGGGCGGACUCCAAAGUUGCGGUGGUCGCACUAUUCUCCGUCGAUACCGCAAUAUCGCAGACCAUGAUUGGUUUGUUUCAGGCGUUAACGCUUGAAUUGUUCCCCACAACAAUAAGAACUCUGGCGAUUUCGGUAAUUAUGACAUUUGGUAGAAUCGGCACUCUCGUAGGCAACGUGGCAUUCCCUGUUCUGCUCAAUAUGGGAUGUGUUGUACCUUUUUAUUCGCUUACAGGGGUUAUGAUAUGUGUGACAGUGAUGGCUCUGUUCCUGCCAAAAUCAUGACGAAAUAAAUUAUGAACCAUUUGUGAUAUGUUAAAAAUACUUUUAUUAUAUCUG